AUGCAUCUCGGAAAGACCCUCGCCUUCUUCAGCCUCGGCUCCGGAGCCUUUGCAUUCAAGAUCCAGGCAUUCUCGGGCAAGGAUUGCUCCGGAUCAUCCAAGGAAGUCAACGUCUGGGACAACACUUGCAGAAACACCGAUGUCCCGUCGACACGGUCUUUCCGGGUGUUGGCUUACGGAGCCCACCGUCAGCGUGCCGCCUUUUAUGAUGAGGGCAGGUGCAUUGGAGGACAACCGUGGGUAGACUACUGGGCGGAUGGUGGCAGCGAUACCUUCAAGAAAGAUCGCUGCAUCAACUUGGACUUUGAUGCCUCCGCUUAUGGGUCCCGUUCGGCUUAA